CUACUCCUACUAUAUAUAUGGCCAUGGAUGCUCAACUCCGGCAAGACACGCUGUACGGUCAGCACGACAGCAUCGCGGAGAUGGUUCAAUUAUCUGCCAUGGUAGCGGAGGAGAGCCCUCAGGAGACCCAGGUGGGGGCCCUCCCAGAGGUGUGCCUGGCGCUCGCCAUCGCGCUCACCUCCCCGCGCGACGCCUGCCGCUGCGCCGCCGUCUCCCGGGCCUUCCGCGCCGCCGCCGACUCCGAUCACGUCUGGCACAGCUUCCUCCCCAGGGACCUGGACAGCCCGGCCAAGACCAAGAAGCAGUCCUACCUCCGCCUCUGCGACUCCGGCGACGCCGCCAACCUUGUCGACGACCAACAGUGCAGGGUGUGGCUGGAGAAGGCGAGCGGCGCCAAGUGCUACGCGCUGGCGGCCAGGCGGCUCAGCCUGCCCUGGGACGACGGCGAGUUCAGCUGGACAUGGACGCCGCACCCGCUCUCCAGGUUUGCGGAGGUGGCGGAGCUGGUGGAGUGCACGGGCCUGGACAUCUACGGUGGCCUCCCAGCCGCCGCGCUCACGCCGUCGACCCCCUACGCGGCGUACCUGGUGUACGGCACGGCGGAGGAGGGCCACCGUGGCCUGAGCUACCCUGACCAGGAGACGACGGUAUCCGUGGGCGGCCGCGUGGUGGCGCGCUAUGCCGUGUGCCUCCGGCCCGAUGAGGCCGCGGCGCGCAAGUUUUGGGGCGUUGCCGGAGGGGUAGACAAGGCAGCGCCGAGGCAGCCGAGGCUACGGGACGAUGGGUGGUGGGAGAUGGAGAUGGGUCGAAUGUGCACGAGCACGGCCGGCGCUGGUGAUCAGGAGGGGUGCGAGGAGGUGGUGGUGGCGAGCUUCGAGGUGUUGGGAUGGUACCCUAAGCGGGGGCUCAUUGUUGAGGGCAUGGAGUUCAGACCCGUUGAGUAAGGUAGCGUUUGGUUGGUUGAAUAAGUUGAAUGAGAUGGAAUAAUCUUAGAUAGGAUUGUACUCGACAGGAUGUGCUGGAUAAGGUGAUACAAGUAGGUUAUUUGUUGGAUGUAUAGGAUGAUACGAGAAUGUGUUUGAUUAGUUGUAUAGAAUAAGACGAUUUGGUACUUAGGUUCUGUUUAAUUGACUGAAUGGGUUGAUUGUGAAUGGAUUGUAUAGUGGGA